CCAUGUGUUCUUUUCAUGAUUUUCACAGGUGCCAGCUGUCAAGAGAGACGAUCUCUGAAUCGUAAGCCAGUUGAAGUGCCUAUCAAACCAAAACCAACCGCAGUAUCGGCACCAGUAACACCACGGCUUGAGGGGAAGUUUGUUCGUGUGCCUGUGGAUUCUGAUGGGUCCAGCCUUGGCCUCUUGCACGCUGGCAGCUUCCACGAUGACUACUGCAAACCACAGAGCUUUCACUGGAUGAAGCUUUCGGAGGGUGAUGAUGAGGCUGAUGAUGAUGAUGAAGAUGAUGAUGAUGCUAGUGAUCCUGGAAAUGACGUCGCCUAUGAUGAUGAUGCGCCUCUUGAAACACCUGAAAAUCCAAGCACUCAGUUUAUCCGGGUGACGGAGAGAUGGCAGUGGCUGAGUAUAGAUGUAACAGGGCCUUUUCAAGAAAGCAAAGGCCCCUAUAGCCACCUCGUGGUCAUCUGUGAUUAUUACACCCAGUGGAUUGAAAUCUUUCCAUCAGAAAAGCCUAAUUCUGAUUCCAUUGCCUGUAUGUGUGAUGCCAUUUCCCGAUACGGGUUUCCUCUGGGAUUUCUCACACCUUGGGGUGCUCGAGGGAUCCAGGUCCGAACGGUAAGUCGUGAUUCACUGGAUAAUGUCAGAGCAAUUAGUGCAGGUUUCAUUUAUCUGUACUUGUAAAUUGUAUUUUUAUUCAUUUAAAUGUGCUGAAAGGUUAUUUCAGUGUCUCAAUA